CUCGCCCCAAGUCUGAAAUUUUUAAGCGGCCAAAAGACUCGCGGGAAACUUAAACCCACCCUUUCACUCUUGACUGGAAUCGCUCCCGCCGAGACCCAAGUUGAAUUUCCAAAACCCUAACCGAUUCAAUGGAGAUCGAAGGAGUCGAAUCGACCAGAAAACGCAUGAAGCCUGAUAGCCGAGAAGAAGGCGAGGGAGGCGCGUCGGACUCGGAGAUGGCGCAGAGGGAAGAGUACGAGACGAGCGUGGCCGGAUCUGAAGAGGUGGAGCUUUCGAUCAGUCACAUUCUCGAGAAGAUCGACCGCUUCACUGAGAUGAUUUCGGAGCUGCUUGACUCGGGGAAGGUGAUGUUUAAGAAGAUGAGUGAUGAGUAUGAGGAGAGACUGAUCAUGAUUCACAAGGAGCAGAUGGAGAAGUGGCAGGAGGAGAUCAGAGAGCUGCGCGUGAUUGAUGCUUCGAAUGAGGAGGCUAGUGCCGUGCUGCAUAAUGCUGCGUAUUUGCUUCAGAAUCCUCAUGUAGAUUCUUGAAGGUUUCAAAGCCAAAGCGUUUCAUUAUUGAAGUAAGUUUCAAAUCGAAGACCCAUGUUGCCAUUGAAGGAGGGAAUGACAACCUAAGGACCCACUGCUAAGUAUAUAAGUUCAACUAAUUGCUGCCUUCUCAUGUAUAAAUGAAUUUCCGUAACAUGUUGCAAUGGUAUGUGUUGGCAUUCAUCUAAGAAAUACCAGUGUAAGAAACCUGAUCAGUAAAUUCUGUCUUCCCAGCGAGUCUUACAUCUGUUAAAGACUUGAUCAGUAAUUCAGUAUAUACGUAUGAAACCAUUUCCUUC